CAAAAGAGGACAGACGCUCAGGCACUUGGGUAGGAGGCUCGGGUCUGAGUGUCAACUGAGAACUUGCACUGUUGCAGUUAACCUUCAAGGACAGCAGUGUGUUGACACCGGGGUUGGUGGGAUCUGGAAAGACGUUACCCCGAUAAUCUACAUCCUUCAGGGCCCACCAUCUAAAAUCAGAAUGGAAGCUCAAGGUGAGAAAAGACACAGCUGUGGGACAAUUUGUCUGAAAUAUCUACUUCUUCUCUUCAACAUUUUUUUUUGGCUGGCAGGAGGGACCGUACUGGCGGUGGGAGUGUGGACUCUGGUGGAAAAGAGCGACUACAUCAGUUUAUUGAACUCCAGCUUCUACUCAGCCUCAGCUUACAUUCUGAUAGCUGCUGGGGUCAUUGUGAUAGUGACCGGGAUAAUCGGAUGCUGUGCCACCCUGAAGGAGAUGAAGAGUCUUUUGAUUGUGUAUUUGUGCUUGUUGCUCUGUAUUUUUCUGCUGGAGAUCAUUGCUGGUGUGCUGGCCUACAUUACCUACCAAGAGUGUUUCCCUUUCUGCUACCAGCUGGAUGAUCAGCUCACACAGAACCUGAAGGUGACUAUGCAGCAGAAAUACCAGCAGCCGGGGGAGGAGAGCGUCACACAGGCUGUGGAUAAACUUCAGCAGGAGUUUAAGUGUUGUGGCAGUCACAACUCCUCAGACUGGACAGACAGUGUGUGGAUCCAGGGGAAUGAGCGGCUCGUACCAGACAGCUGCUGUAAAACUCCCAGUGACCUCUGCGGCCGCAGGGACCAUCCUUCCAACAUCUACAAGGUGGAAGGAGGUUGCAUUAUGAAAUUAGAAGAAUUCAUCCUGAGUCAGUUGUAUAUUCUGGGUGCAGUGGGCAUUGGGAUUGCAUUUCUACAGCUUGUGGGGAUGAUGUUUACUUGCUGCCUUUAUCAAAAUUUGAAAGAAGAUCCGUACUGAUUUUUGAGUGUCUUUAAUAUCACAAAUAAUGAAUUGUAAAAUGUAUGAUUAGAUAUUUUAAUGCCCAAAUUAUUUACACAGUUCUGGAUGCUGUGAUGCCAAUUCAAAUAAUGAGGUGAUGAUUUUCAAAAUACAGACACUACAGAUACUAUAAUGCUGCUGGGCAGCAGUGCUCUUUUUCUGCAUUAGCUAUUAUAUGCUUUAAUUGUCUUCCCUGUGAUGUUAAGAUAAUAAUGUGUGGAUGAACCUGUAACCAAAAAACACAUUUUAAAGAGCAGAGAAAUAAGAGCAUGCUGUGGCUUCAUUUGUAAUCAGUGUUGGUCUUGUGGUUUAUCUAGUUUUUUUAAUGUAUCCCACAGUGUUUACCAAAGUUAUAUAUUUUUUGUUUGUUGAAAUACAAAUAAAAACGAUGUCCAUUUA